AUGGCACCUUUUUUGAACAAAGAUGAUUCCCAGAAACCCCGGAAACCACCGAUCGCGAGGACUUUGAUGAGACUCACAAACACUCUGUGCACUAUAUCAGAACAGAGACCCUACGACACAGAGGCACAGAGACGAGCCUUGGCAGGUAUCGAGUUAUGUCGCCGCAGGCUUAAUUUCUCUCGGCAAUGGGAAACAUUCCUCCAGGAGCCAGAGAUCAAGUGCAGGGCAGCGGAUUCUUCUAGCGCCUCACAAACGCAUAUGGAGUCUCGGUUGCCUACAGAGAUCUAUAUCAUUAUAAUUAAGCAUCUCAUCAACGAUAGGUAUGGGAAGUCACCGGAGCAGAUGAAAGUCCUUUGCGAGGAGAACUUGUAUACGCACCCGAGAUCCCAGCGACUGUCGAAAAAUGCCGUAUCACAUUGGCUAUUUUUGUUCUCUCUGACUGUUGAGCCCCGGAGAGCCCAUCAGGUCCGGUCACUGAGUUACGAGCCCGAGCCACACUGCAUCUUUCCCACUGCAUGGCAAAGCACUCUCAAGCUCUGUACCAAUCUGACUCGUCUUGGACUGGUUUGGAGACAUCAUAUCCCAGAAUGCGUUCGACAACACAUGCAAAUGCACAUGGGCCCAAUAUUUGCUGCUUGUCCCAAGGUCACCGAGUUCAAGUAUGAUAGCUGCUACGUCAGCAGUUAUGAUGAGCCUGAAGACAUGACUCCAGAGCAAAGGGUCAAUUUUUCGCAGCAAUACUCAAAGUUUGCGAAACAGCUUUACCACUUGGAACUGCUUGGUCCAUUCGACUGCAUCAAGGACAUUCUUCAUUACGAUUACCCAAAUCUCAAGUCUUUGGCUCUUGAUAUGGGGGACUAUGAAGAGGAAGGCAGGUUUUUUGGGGAGCUAUCUUAUCAUACUCCUGCUUUGGAAACAUUAGUAUUGGAUUGGGUUCAGAGCGCCACUUUGCAAGACCUGCAGUGGGGGUUCAAAGCAUGGGGGAAAACAUUACGGUCUCUUUAUAUCAACAACCCCGUGAUCGACGAUGACCACGAUGGCAUCCUUGGCGAUCUACUGCCCCAUCUUACAAGAUUGGAGGACCUUGGUUUGGGUGAAUGGCCGUCAUUCCUUCUCUCAGAUCUCCAUGCCAUAGCUCAACCGAAGGCUCCACGUCUGAAAACCUUCCGAUGGGUGGCUAGUGAUGACAUCUACACUCGCGACCCACUUGCGAAUCCAGAAAACGUUAGCAAGGCCAUAAUCGACAUCUUCAUUGCACAUAGUGAGACUCUCAGAACCUUCAUGAUAGAGGAAUCAUUCACCUUUUGGAGUUUCGGCACGUAUAUCUUUGAGCACCUUCACAAGGCAAGGAAUUUGGAGAAUCUUCGAGUACAGCUGCAUGAUAUACCUACCAAAGAAGACAUUCAAGGUCUUCUGACCGCUUGCCCGAAGCUUGGGAAGUCGGAAACGGGUCUCAUGGUGGUCAAGGAGUUCUUCACUGAGUGUACCUUGACGACUAGGAAGUACAAGGAGGAUAACUUUGAGGCAGCGGCGAGUAGCUGGGGAGGUAAUAUAUCACACUGCGGGGACUGUGGCAAGCUCUUUUUCGAAGUUAACGGAGUACCUGAUUGCUUGAUUGCCAUGGAGAUUGCCAGGCCACCAAAAAGCUUGCGUCCAGACAGAUUCCAACAAAACAUCCAGGCACUGAGAAUCAUCGCACAGCAAAGGCCUGAUGACCCUGAGGCACAGCGUCGAGCUCAAGUCGCAACAGAUCUGUAUCUUCAGACCUGGCCACACCACAUGCUCCCGACGCCCGUCAAAAAGUCUCGCGUAACAGGCUCGAUUCCCAGUCUCCCCAAUGAGAUUUAUGAGAUGAUUUUCGGCUACAUCCUCGCGGAGCAUCCAACUAGUAAGCGUGGUAAAAUCAGGCGAGCCAGGACAAUACUAUCUUUGACCUGCUCCUGUCGGCUUUUCCAAGCAAUCGUCGAGAAGUACUUAUAUACACAUCCACGAAGUAAAGGAUUCUGGAGAGAUCAACAUUCCCUCUUUCUGUUUCGGUUGUCUUUGGCCAUCGAGCCAACCCGAGGACUUCUGGUUCAGUCACUAUCUGUCAAUAUUCAACUCCCGUACCACAAUUACCUUUGGGUUGAGAUUGCCAAGCUAUGUCCGAAUCUCAGUCACCUGGAGAUACUUGAGACCACCGACGGGCUUUCUCACUCACAGCUUGGAUACCUGGAAAGGCUCUUUGAUGCCUGCCCAAAUGUUACGAGGCUCAGUCUUAAUGCAAGCAUUUCUGACUAUAACGACAGUGUGACGUUUCGGACCAACGAAAGAUUCUUCAGGUUCUGGAGUCAGCUCACACACGUGGAAGGACUUCCGCUUUCGGAACCAGGAGAUAUAAUUUCGAUCUCUAAGAAGUGUCCCUCACUUCGACGACUGAAGGUUGACGGCUUUGGAUCCUCCCCGAAGACUCUUUUGGAUGCUUCCAAGAUAUGGGGCAAGACUUUAAAGACACUUCACCUCGAUUGGUUCGAAAUGCCGACCGACACUACUAUCGCGCAACUUCUGGGAAAUCUACCGUCAAUCGAAGAAGUUUGUCUCGGCCAUUUAGACAAUCUCUUGCCAUCGAUCCAUGCUCUGGCUCAUCUAAGUCUACCAAACCUCAAGCGUCUUCGAGUAGCGAGCUAUAGCAUAUGGGACAUCGAUCAAUCACCGAAAGUCGAGUCAGCUAUAUGCGACAUGAUUGCCGCUCAUGCUGAUACUUUGGAGAGUCUGAGCCUCCCAUUCUUGUAUGAUCUCGAUAGGCGUGUUUUGGAGGCAAUCAAGAAGGCAAAAAAGUUGGAGUUUCUCAACUUAGAGGCCUUUCGGGUUCUGACUGAUGAAGAACGUGAAGAGUUACGAGCAGCAUGCCCUAAACUUCGAAGCUUCGUUAACUCCUUUGACGGAUACUCCUCGAAAGGUAUGGACUCAGAAUUCGACUGGUCUGGUACAAACUGUGGCAGCUGGGGAGUUAUCGCUGAUGAGUAG